GUGUAUUUAUUAAUAAUUUCAGCAUCAUACAUCCCAAUAUGCGGCCGACGAGACCCGAACUUAAACGAUUGCAUCAUCAAAAGUGUCGUCCAAUUGCGACCGAAAUUACGCGAAGGAAUUCCCGAGCUUGACGUUCCACCAGUAGAUCCUCUUCUUAUAAAAGAACGCGUCACUAUUUCCGACACUGCAGACUUUAAAGUUGCAGCUUCGAACAUCAGAGUUUACGACUCGCUGGAGUUUGAAGUAAAAAAAUUCAAUGCUGAUUUGAAAAAUCAGAGAGUUGAUAUCAAUCUCUUCUUCAAGAAGAUGAGGUUCGAAAAUGACUAUGACGUUAAAGUGAAAAUUCUCGUUCCUAUUGAAGCUUCUGGGCCGAUUGAAAGCGUCGGAAUGAAUAUUGAAUCAAACUCAACAGUACAGUUUAAAUUAGUGAACACAAAAAAAGGCCAGCAGUUAUUUUUCAGCAGUGCGAAGAGCAAACUCAAAAUUGGUGAUUAUACGGCGAAAUUUGUGCCAAAUAAUACGACUGCUGCUUUAUCUGAAGCGAUAAAUGCUGUGUUAAACGGAAAUCGGCAAGAAAUAAUAGAUACUAUAACUCCGCAUAUUGAAAAAGUUAUAUCGGCAAAGAUUCUUGAAGUUUCUAAUCAAAUUACUAAACACUUUACUUACGAU